AUGCAUAUUUAUACGGUAUACUUAAGCUGGCCAUUUCCUAUUCAUUACAGCUUGAAAGCUAGUGUGUAUGCACUUCCAACUAAUUUGACUAUCCAAAAGAAGGCCUGUCUACGAUGGAUUAACUCAAUUCUUAUCACCAUACCAAAUCAGAAACCUAUUAAUGAUUUCAAUACUGAAUUAAAAAGUGGAAAUAAACUGAUUGCUAUCCUUCAGAAAUUAAGCGGACAAACUUUGAAAAGUAUUCGAGGUCGAAAGCGAUUCGAACGCAUACAAAAUGUCAAUGAAAUUUUAAAAUUUUGCAAGAAUAAUCAGAUUAAUACUCGAAGUAUUAAUAGUGAUGCAAUAGUUAAUGGCGAAGAACGUAAAAUUCUGCAAUUGGUAUGGAAUAUUGCUGAGCAUUAUCAGCUACUAAAGAUAGAGGAUAAAAUUAAAGAAGUACCAGACGCAUCAUCCAGCGUUAAGGGUAAAAUUCUUUCGUGGUUCCAGCAAAUUGCCCAAGAGUACGAAAAUCUGGAUAUAACUAAUUUCGGUCAAUGCUGGACUGAUGGACAUGCAUUUUCAGCUAUUAUACACUUUUAUAGACCGGAUCUAUUGGACGUUCAAUUUGUCAUGUCGCAAAAAAUACAAGAUCGUUUCGAGUUAAUUUUUGAUCUAGCAAAAGAAAAUUUUGGGAUUGCUAAGCUAUUAGAGGCUAAUGAAGCUGAUUCACAAAAAAUUGAUGGAAAGGCCAUGAUAUUGUAUAUCUUGGUAUUUUUAUCCAAAUUGCCAUCGUAUAAAGAACGAAAAGAAGAACUGGAAUUAAAAAAGAAGCGUGAGAGUAUUCGAGAUCCAGAUAGCGAUUCGUCUGAUGAUGGCAAUCAAGGAGAAUCAGAUGAUGAUAUCGUCGAGGACAAAAUUAAUGUUCAAGAAUAUGAACAGAAACUACGUCAUGUCUUGAAUUGGCUAUCAAAUGCUGAAAAAACGCUAAAUGGGAUUGAAAUGGGCAACGAAUUAAAGACUACUAUAACUCAAUUUCAUUCCUUUGAGAAAUUCAUGAUCGACAUAACCAGUCGCCAAGCCAAUAUUGGCUUUCUAUUACAGCAGGGCCAAGAGCUACUUUCUACCGAAUUAGCACCUACUCUUUCAGAUAAAUUUGUUAGCUACAUUUCGCAAAUGUCUAAACGUUGGGAAGAUUUACGGAAGCAAUCGCAAGAUGUUCAGCUAUUAUUACAUAAAACACUUAACACCCAGCAAAUGGAACAAAUUAAACAGUUUACCAAAAAAUUGCAAGAAUUACGUUCUUCAGUUCAGGAAGACACCAAUAAGAACAAUGAUCCGGCAACCAAUAGCAAAUUAUUGGAAGAAUUUGAACGUAAAGGUGCACAAUUGCAAGGAGAAUUCAAGACCUUUAUCGAUACGCUUGUCCUAGUUGAAGAAGAGUCUGAUGACAGCGGAAAUGAUUUAGAAGAGCAUAUAAACUCGUUAGAAAACGAUCUUCAGGGUUACUUUGCUUUUAUUCAAGAACGUAAACGGGAAUCACAAUCAUCCCUGGAUUUAGAUAACGAAGCUGGACUUGCUCAAGAUAUUGAAUCCAUUAAGCAAUGGCUUGAAAAUAGCCAUCAAAAAUUAAUCCAACAAGAUGAUCAAGCUAUCCUUGAUGACGCUGAUUCUUUCAAGGCUCGGGCUGAAGGCGUUUUGUUAUUCCAGACGCAAAUUCAUAAAUGCCGCCAGCGUAUAACUACGCUGAAGAAAGACUAUCAAGAAUUAAAGGCAUCUGACAAUCUUGCAGCUAAACGUGUUAAACCAGGCUUAGAUCAACUUGUUCGACAAUUCGACAGUCUCAAGAUUAAAGCUGCUCGACAAAAAGCUAUGAUUGAUAAAAGCCGCAAUAGAAUUGAAUCAUUCGAUACUGAAUAUGAAGCAUUUAAUUUAUGGGUAACAGGAUUAUUACCUAAAAUUGAAGAAUUUUAUGCGGAUAUUGAGCCGCAAGAAGUAUUGCAAGAUACCGACGAUAAAGAAAAGCAAUUGCAGGAAUAUUCUAACGAUGUAAAAGCGAACGAAUCUCGCCGUUCUUCGCUUGAACGCCUAUUAGCACAGUUGAAAGAGAAUUUUGGCGAAGGUUUCCUUGAUCACUUCCAGCAACGUCUAGAUGAAAUGAAUGAUGACUGGAAGAAAAUGGUAGAAUUAUUAGAACAUAUCAAAGCUAAGAUUGUUGCCAGCUUAAUUAUUCAGGAUUUAAUCGUUAAGUUAGGAGAUGUUUAUUGUAGAUAUGCACUUUUAAUUAUAGGAUUUCCCGGUAUCAAUUUUGCUUCUAGACAAUCCCCUAUAUCUAACUUGAUUUAG